AUGGCAAAUUUGAAUGAUAAAGAUGGAGAGGAUGGUGAACAAACAACAAACGAAGUAGAACCUGAUGAAAAUGAAUGGAGAAGAUUUAUUGAUAGUAUGAAAUAUCCUAAAGCAUUAGAAUAUGUUUUACAAAAUGCACCUAUUAGAUCAAAAGAUCCUGAGAAAAAGAAAAAAGCUGCUCGUAUGGCAUUAUCAACAAUGAUGAAAAUAAAACAACAGGAAAUUCCUGAUGCUAUUAAUUCAAUUCCACCAUCUUUACGUGAUACAUUGAUGAAAUAUAUUUAUAGAGGAUUUGAAAGUCCAAAAGAUUACACAAGUAGUUUGUUAUUGGUGUGGCAUGAAAAAGUUUUGGCUGCAACUGGUCUAGGUACCAUUAUGGUUGAAGUACGAGAGCGUUCAGCGGAACGUGAUACGACUAAAAAGCGUCACCGAAGUUCUAGUAAAGAACGGGAACGUCAUCGAAGUCAUCGAACUGGGCGAGAUACUACUGACAAAGCAAAUUCAUCAUCUUUAUCAUAUCGCAAACAAUCAUUAUCAUAUAAAACACGGGAACGUUCACGAUCAAGAAGUCGAUCGAAGUCUAAUGAAACAAGUUCAAAACGUCGUAAAAAUGAUGAAAUAACUCGCCCAGUAGUCAAACAAGAAAAUUCUGAUGAUGAAGAACAACAAAAGCAAGAACAAGAUAUAAAUGGUGUGAUUACUAAACGAGUUCCAUUAUCUCUUGAAGAAAUGCUUGAACGUCAGAAAAAAGAACAAGAAGCAAUCGCCAAACCAAAGUUUUUAACAAAACAAGAACGUGAAGCUGAAGCACUGAAACGUCGACAAGAAGCAGUUGAUAAUAUGCGAAAACGAAAUGAAGAAAUGAGAAAAAAUCGUGAAAUGCUUACUCGGCAAGCAAGCGAUUCCGAUCGAUUUCGAGACCGUGAAGAUAGAGAUAGAGAACGUGAUAGAGAACGAGAUAGAGAAAGGCGGCGAGAUAAGGAGGGUGGAUCGGAAAAAUCAGGUAAAGGAGAAGUUGACCAAGAGCGCGAAGAAGCAGCUGUCAAAGAACGAUAUCUUGGCAUUGUAAAGAAAAAGCGUAAAGUUCGACGAUUGAAUGAUAGGAAAUUUGUAUUUGAUUGGGAUGUUGGUGAGGAUACAGCCGUCGAUUAUAAUCCCUUGUAUAAAGACAAACAUCAAAUGCAAUUUUUUGGACGUGGGCAUAUUGCCGGUAUUGAUUUAAAACAACAAAAACGUGAACAAGCCAAGUUUUACAGUGAAUUGCUUGAAAAAAGACGAACACAAGCUGAGAAAGAUCGAGAAACUCAACGUUUGAAAACAGCCGAGAAAAAGGAAGAAAAGGUUCGAUGGGAUGAACGUCAUUGGACAGAUAAAAGUUUAGCACAGAUGGUGGAUCGUGAUUGGCGUAUAUUCAAGGAAGAUUUCAAUAUAACGACGAAAGGAGGCAAUAUUCCACAUCCAUUACGUUCGUGGAAAGAAGCUAUUUUACAAAAAGAAGUUCUGGAUGUUAUCGAAGCAGCUGGAUACACGGAACCAACUCCAAUUCAAAGACAAGCAAUCCCUAUUGGUUUACAAAAUCGAGAUGUUAUUGGUAUUGCAGAAACCGGUUCCGGUAAAACGGCAGCAUUUCUUAUUCCAUUGCUAGUAUGGAUUCAAUCAUUGCCGAAAAUCGAAAGUUAUGCAUUAAUUUUGGCACCUACACGUGAGUUAGCUCAGCAAAUUGAAGAAGAAGCUGUUAAAUUUGGAAAGCCAUUAGGUAUUCGUACUGUUUCCGUUGUUGGUGGCCUUUCACGUGAAGAACAAGGAUUUAAACUUCGUAUGGGAUGUGAAAUUGUUAUAGGUACUCCGGGUCGUCUUAUUGAUGUUUUGGAAAAUCGUUAUUUAGUAUUAAUACAAUGUACCUAUGUUGUUAUGGAUGAAGCUGAUCGUAUGAUUGACAUGGGUUUUGAGACGGAUGUCAAACGAAUUUUAGAAUAUUUACCACUCACAAAUUUGAAACCCGAUAAUGAUGAAGCAGAAGAUAUAACAAAAACUAUGAGUAACUUUACAUCAAAAGAUAAAUAUCGUCAAACUGUGAUGUUUACAGCGACAAUGUCAUCUGCCGUCGAGAGAUUAGCACGAACAUAUUUACGUCGACCAGCUGUUGUUUACAUUGGAAGUAUUGGUAAACCAACUGAACGAGUUGAACAAGUUGUUAUUAUGUGUUCAGAAAAUGAUAAACGCAAUAAAUUAUUAGAAAUAUUAGAACGUGGUAUUGAACCACCAAUUAUCAUUUUUGUUAAUCAGAAAAAAGCUGUUGAUAUAUUGGCCAAAGGUCUUGUUAAAAAAGGCUAUAAUCCAUGUACUUUGCAUGGUGGUAAAGGACAAGAGUCUCGUGAUUUGGCAUUAGCACAAUUGAAACAAGGCCAGAAAGAUAUACUAGUGGCAACAGAUGUUGCUGGACGUGGUAUCGAUAUUAAAGAUGUUUCGCUUGUAAUUAAUUAUGAUAUGGCUAAAUCAGUUGAAGAUUACACUCAUAGAAUUGGACGAACAGGUCGUGCUGGUAAAUCUGGACGAGCUAUUACAUUUUUAACUAAAGAAGAUUCAGCUGUAUUUUAUGAUCUUAAACAAGUAAUAUUAGAAAGUCCGGUUUCACAAUGUCCAAAUGAAUUAUUAAAUCAUCCGGAUGCACAACAUAAACCUGGUAGUGCACCACAGAAACGUCGACGGGAUGAAACUGUAUUUGUCAAUUAA